AUGACUAUAGCACCGUUUCUUCAUCUUGCUGCGAUUUGCAGCAGUGUCGCGACCUCAGAUUUUCUUUUCAGACCGCAAGGUAUGUCGAUUUCAGAUUUGCUUAAGUUUUGGAAUUACAUUUUCAGCUAUGGAAAUCAACGGACACUUCCUGCUGGUUUCAUGGAGAUCGGGGAGUCCACCGCUGAAGGAGCAAUUAGGGAAACCUGGAAGGAGGCAAAUGCAGACGUGGAAGUUUUAUCACCAUUUGCUCAUUUGGACAUCCCUCUUAUAGGCCAAACAUAUAUUAUUUUCUUGGCCAAGUUGUAG